AUGGGUUGUUCGUAAACUAAGACAAAAUAAUCAAUAUUGGCCAAUCAAAAUUAUUUGCAAUCUGCUCAGAACGAGGCUAUGACUCAAUCAAAUAUUGAGAAAGACAAUAUUAAGUAUAAUAUUCUGAAGAAUCCUAUCAUUAUAAGAAGAACGGAAAGAAGAAAUAAGUUGCCUAACACUCCAGCUGAUACUCUAACAUGGAUCUAAUGA